CUCUCUCUCUCUCUCUCUCUCUCUCUCCUCUUCUCUCUCUAUAUAUGCACCACAUAAUCUAUAUAUACAUAUGUGUAUAUUUUGAAGUUUGAGAAGUGAGCAGAAACAGGAAGGGAUAGUGAUGGGUGUUUUUUUUCUUGUGGUGGGUCUAAUCGGUUUACUGGUUUCUGGGUCAGUGGGUGCGAGUGGUCUGAGCCUAGAGUGUGCGGCGGAACAAGAAGCAGACCGGGUGGUUCGUCUUCCCGGACAGCCGGCUGUGAGUUUUAAACAGUACGCUGGCUAUGUCACUGUUAACCAGACCCAUGGAAGAGCACUGUUCUAUUGGUUUUUUGAAGCUACCCAUCAACCUCAUAAUAAGCCUGUAUUGCUUUGGCUCAAUGGAGGUCCUGGUUGCUCAUCAAUUGGAUAUGGAGAGGCAGAAGAAUUAGGACCAUUCUUCCCUCAGAAAGAUUUAUCUACACUCAAGCUCAAUCGUUUCAGUUGGAACAAAGCUGCCAAUCUGUUGUUUCUGGAAUCCCCUGUUGGAGUUGGAUUCUCCUACACCAAUACCAGUAGUGAUAUUGAUCAACUAGGAGAUACAAUUGCAGCCAAGGAUUCUUAUAAUUUUCUUGUCAACUGGUUCCGAAGAUUUCCACAAUACAAGUCUCAUGACUUCUACAUUGCUGGAGAAAGCUAUGCAGGGCACUAUGUUCCACAACUGGCAGAGGCCAUUUACGAUAACAACAAAAAAGUUCCCAAGAAAGACCAUAUAAAUUUCAAGGGUUUCAUGAUCGGGAAUGCACUGUUAGACGAUGAAACUGAUCAAAAAGGGAUGAUAGACUACGCGUGGGAUCACGCGGUGAUAUCAGAUAGGGUGUAUGCGGAUGUAAAGAAACAUUGUGAUUUCAGCCAAUCAGAAACCGGUAAACACUGCGACGUCGCAUUGGGUCACUACUUUCAAGUGUACAGAAUUAUUGACAUGUACAGCUUGUACUCUCCCAAAUGUGUUGAUUCCAAUUUUACUCUUACACACAAAUCCAGACAACUUCCUCUCGUUCGAGGCCACGUGGCUCCUCGCCUGUUCUCUAAAUUCGAAGGUUGGCACAGGAAACCGGCAGGAUAUGACCCCUGUGCUUCAGACUACACUGAGGUUUACAUGAACAGGCCUGAUGUUCAGAAAGCUUUGCACGCCAACCUUACCAAAAUUCCGUAUCCGUGGACCCAUUGCAGCGAGAGAAUCUCAUUUUGGAGGGAUGCUCCUGCAUCCAUUCUUCCUAUAAUUAAAAAGCUUGUGGAUGGUGGACUUCGCAUCUGGGUUUUCAGUGGGGAUACUGAUGGAAGAAUUCCAGUAACCUCAACAAGAUACACCUUGAGAAAGCUUGGAUUGAAAACUCUCCAAGAAUGGACAGCUUGGUACACUACUCAUCAUGAGGUUGGCGGAUGGACAAUUGAGUACGAUGGGUUGACGUUUGUGACAAUCAGAGGAGCUGGUCACCAAGUUCCAACCUUUGCUCCCAAGCAAGCACUGCAGCUCGUAAACCAUUUCUUGGCCAAUAAGAAACUGCCAUCUACUCCAUUCUAGUUUCUUUAUUUUUCUAGUUUCUUUAAAUUCCUUUUUCUUACUUUUAUUGCCAAAAAGGAAUUUCAUCUCUUAAAAUAAUGUUGUAUUCAUCAACUUGUACAGAUUGUUUCAAAUGAUUGGAGAAUGUGGCACAUUAUGCCAGAUAAUUUAAAGUUGAUGAUCUUCUAAAUGA